AUGCAGCAGUCUAAACAAUACCAACUCUGUGAGACUAUCGUCCAAUAUGUAGUAGGUCUUUUAUUUUCUUCAACUCACUUACUUGUUAUUAUCACUAUCCAAAACUCACAAAAAGCAUUAACCAGUAAGGAAAUAGCCCAACGCCUAUGCUUACCUCGCCGAGUUGUUCGUCCACUCAUUUCAGACUUGGUUAGGGAUAGUAUCAUCAAACAAAAAGUAGAAGGUGUUUGUUAUUACUUUAUAGACUAUUUCAAAACCAUAAGGGAUAUAGUUGGGUCUUAUCUCAUCCUUACUAACUUACCUGAAAAUGAAUCAUCAACCUCACUCUUAAAAUGUUCGAAUAUUUUUUGUGGAUGGAGUUGUACAUACGAAAGAGGAAUAGACAAUUUUUACAACGGAGUGUUUUUCUGCGAAGAAUGUGAGCAACCUAUGCAUAUAGUUGACAACGAACAAGAAGAAAGAAGAAAGAUAUUAAAAAUAAGAAACCAGUUAAAACCUUUAAAAAAAUUAUUAAUAGAAUUGAAAAAAACUUAUUUUAGUAUUGAAGAUUAUCCAAUAUUUCUUAUUGAAAAACAACAAACAAUCCAAGAAGACAACAAAAAAAGUAUCAAAGAAAAACAUUCAAAAAUUAUUGUUAAUGAACCAAUGCCAUGGGAACAAGAAGACAAUACUCAAGAAACAAAAAAAGAAAGUCAUAUAAGUAUUGAAAAAAAUAAAGAGGAAGAGUUUAAUAUUUAUGAAAACAUUCAAUGGGAACAACCUAUUUUUUUAAAGGAAACAAAACUAUUUUUUGAGAAAACUUUUAUAAAAGAUUCUCCAUUAACAAGAGAGAAAGUACCUCGUACACCACGUUUAAUAUGCAACAAUAGAAAAAAGGUAAGAAAAAGUAGGUCAUUAAUGUCAGUAGAUAGAAAGAAAGUUUUAAUGUAA